CCAGCCUCGCUCCCCCGAUGCUCAGAGAAAGCCGGGAAGUGAAGGAGAAGUGAAAGAGGAGCUGGAGGAUCAACAGGCAGCUUUUGAACUUUCUGAGGCACGCAGACAGUGUGCACGGAGAAUGGCGUUGGCUUCACUUAUUCCUCAACUGAGGCAGCUCACUGUCAUGUGGAUGUAUUUCAGCCGGCUUCCAUUGUUGAUGUUCUAAACAUGGCAAGUCGGCUAUAGCCAAAGGGGGCCGUCCUGAGAGAAUUCAAGGACCCAAAAUGACAAAAGUUUCUGCCUCAGAGUGAAGAAACUCCAGCAAACAUGAAUCCAGAAUCUCUGGACCUGUCCAUCCAGACUGCCCUGUCGGCCCUCUUCCCUCCUUUUGAGGUCACUGCACCCAUCGUCAUCAGCCAGCUCUUUCGGACCAUAGAGGAACGCUACCAUGGCGAUGCCCUGCAGUGCCUGCUGGACUUCCUGAUUCCUUCCAAACAUCUGCUGGAGAGUGUCCAGCAGGCUGCAUGUGCUGGAUACUCGGAUGUGGUUUUCCGCUGUGAAGGCUGGCCAUUGUGUCUCCACGAUAAAACCGUUAUCCAGUUGGCGUCUGUAAACCCCUUACUGUUGCGUCCUGGAGACUUCUACUUCCAAGUGGAACCGUUCGGCGACCAAGCGGCACGGAUCGUCCUGAAAAGUCUCCUGGAGGAAGGCUGCAGAGAAGUUGAGGAGACCCCCAUCCCAGAGACUUCUUACUCUUGCAUCUUCACCGAGGACUGGCUGAAUAACAUCAAUGAAGGACGCCACGGAGCUGCUCUUUCUCGCUGUUUGCUUUGCACUGACCAGGGAGUAAUCAAGUUGCCUUGGGCUAAAAUUGCCAUCCCAGAAUUCCUGGACAAACCAAAGAAAGUGUCUGUUUGUGGUAAAACACAGACGGAGGCGAAGGAGGUUUCUGCUUCCUCUCAGUUUAACUCUUCCACCCUCCCAGUGGGGGCUGUGAUUCCUCCAAAACAGGACAAGAUGUCAGCAUCUCUAAGACCCGUGCAGUCCAGACUUAUCAAAGUGGAACAUGGGAGACGAGUCCCAAAAUUAGGGACCAAACCAUUAAUCAAACCUGUGGGGUGGGUUUCUCCUAACACUUGGGAGAGUCAUAGCUGUCAGGGCAUGGAGGGCGAUUAUGUAGAUCUGGUGGACAUAUCCAACGGGAAGCAGCCUGUGGAGAAACGGAGAGACAGCUGUGAAAUCCAGAACAAAUUAGUUUCCCUCCAACCUGUCAGGCCUCCCCCACCUAUUCCACUUGGACAGAGAGCCUCCUGCAGACACGCCCCUCAGCAUGCAGAGGACCCCUGUAACCCAUGCAGCCAAAUGCAACCAGGCCUGGAGCUCUUCCAUCCAGAUUUGAAGUGUAGGUACAGAGAAUCAUACCUCGAAGCACUAAGCAACCCGGUAGCUUUUGAGAGGGGGGAUGCAGACCUGCUGUCUGCCUUGGAGGAGGUGCACCUGUGUGAGGUGGGGGACGGAAAGCCCAGAGGAACGCCAGAAGCUCCUGAAGAACACCUAGAAAACAUCUGCAACGGCUGCGAAAAUCCUGUAAUGUGGAGUGACUCCUGUCAGUGUAAUCCAAAAAACUGCUGCGAACAAACUUCAGAGAACCUUGACUGCCAUCCUCUGUCCAUCCCUGAACCUGAAGUCCCUCUGAAUGAAACCGCGUCAAAUCUGAGUGUUCAAACUCAGCAAGCCCCCCAGCAGUUUGGCAGCACAGCUGCUGUGCAUCCGGCGCCGGAUGUGACCUCGGUGACGUGCGAUGGUGAACUGAAGCUACACCAAAUGGGGGAGGCUGUAAAAGUAAGCAAACACAAGGUUAAAGGACGGUCAUUGUCCACGGUGUCGGAGACUCCUGCAGGGAGCCCUGUUCUCUAUCAGCUCAACAGCAGAAGCCACAGUGACGUUUGUCCGGAGACCAUCUCAGAUCUGAUCCACAGCAGAAAAGGCGCACGGCUGGAUCAUCAGGCUGGGAGGCAGAAGGGCUCAAAAAAAGAGUCGCGAUCCAGCAGAAGUGAAACUCCAUCCUUUACAAAUGAGCUUUCUGCAACAAACUCAGGCUCUCAGCAGAACCUCCAAACCUCAGAAUCUGCUUUCAGCAGGAUCAGCGGCCUGCUGGAACUGGGAAUUAUUUAUUUACCAGGCAGCAGAGACAGGAACGGCAGGGCAGUGGUGGAGGUCCACGGAGACAGAGAGGAGUGGAUGUCCCCUCUUGUGUCUGCACAGAGUGUUUGUGAACUGCUGCUCUACCUUCACGCCAUACCAAGGAAAGACGUUCGACAGCUGGGAAUGACUUUAAUCAUCAAUGCCAGGAAGAAGCCUCCUCCACUUCACCUCUACAAAGCCCUGCUAAUGGCUCAGGAACAGGCUCUUCAUCCGGUCCACUGCAUCAUCGUUUUGAUGGACAAAGACACCUGCCCACGACCUGAGAAACACCCCGGCCUGCAGAUGGACUUGGUGACUUCUUUGAGAGCCCUAAACAAGACAGUAGAGGCGUCACAGGUGACCUCUGACCUGGGAGGAACCUUCACGUACAGUCACACUGACUGGCUGCAGUUUCACCGGAAACUCAUUUCCUUCAUGGAUGAGCUGCAGGAGGCUGACAGCUUGUUGCAAAUGGCCAUCAGGAAUGUGGACAGCAGAAAACAAAUGGACACCACUCAGGAAGUGCAACAAAGCAUUCAGGAGCAGAAGAUUUUGAUGAAAAACGUACUUGAAGAUGCGAGACUCGUAACUUUGCAAAGGGAGGGAGGAGCCUUACUGGCCAGGAUGAAGAGGGAGGAGUUUAGAUUUCCACAGUCUGAAGAUUACAGGGAUGCUUUAGAGUCCGCGACAAGUCUGUACAACCAAGUGGAGGAAAAACUGCACACGCUAGUGAUGAGGUCAAACGAGUCACUGCAACACCUGGAGGUCCUGCUGAAGAUCAGAGAGACUGAAGCAGAAGUCAUCACGGCUGGGAUGUGGUUCAGCACAGAGGGUGAACAGAGCCUGAAGGACUUCUGCACAACAGAUGACACAGACGUUAAAAAAACCUUUCAGGAUUUCAGCCUCUUCUUUGCUCUUUCAAAGGAGAAGCAACAGCACGCUUUGACUUAUGUAAGGGAGGCAGAGGAAAUCACUGGAACCAGCAACUCCUGUCCUGCUGCAGACAUUUUACGCACUCUUGUGAGCACUUUUAAAUCCAACAUGGAAGACUUCAUGUUACGGGCAGAACGGCGGCAGAAAGAACUGAACUCAAUGGUUCAGGUUUACACUUUUUGUGAGCAGGCUGCUGCUGCUGCAAAAGAAUGUGGCCAGUUUGUGGAGCAGAUAGGGGAGGGCUGUUGGACAACGCAGACCCUGAGCACUCUCCAACUGUAUAAGGAGCGAUUAGGAGGUGAAUUCUCUGACUCCAACUUCCAGGCUCUGAGAGCUAAAGCCUGCACUGUGGGUCCAGGGGCCUCUGGGAUGAUGAAAACGUGGAAUGCAGCCCGGGUGCGAUGCCAGGAAGUCAAGCAGCGUCUAGAGGAGGUGCAGAGGAAAAAACGAGGCAAAGAUAAGAACCAGAUCCCACAGACCGCAGCUGUGAACCCUCCAGGGAAAGAAAAUGAGAUAAAGGGAAGAAGGAGUGAGCUGGAAGAGGCUGAAGGCUCUUCAAUCCUGCAGCCAAUCUUCCAAACAGAGGGGGCCUACACCACAGGCAGCACUGCUGUUCUGCACCCAAAGCACGAUUCUAAAACUGAGCUUAAAGAAACUCCAAACCAAGACUCCAAAUCACUGCAGCUUCCUGAACCACUUCUAAAAAAUGCUGCAGAGACUCAAGUUUUUACACAAAUCUUUGGCUGCCAUCCGGAAGGCAAACGGAGACCAAGAGAUCACCACAGUGAAUCGGACCUGAGGACCACAAAGGGGCCAAAGGGUUUGCUGCUUCACCACAACUUGGGCCGCUCCCUCAGUGAGGGCUCACGUGCAACGAGCGCGUCAAGUUUUCUACCUGCAGUCAUCAGACACAAACACUGUCACAGCAGGACACAGUCCCUAGAUGAAAACAUGCCGACCAUCCACACCCUGCAUCAGGACAGUCUUUCACCACCACAGAAAGGCAAUGAGACAAGAGGAGACAGUGAUGACGGGAAACGGGGGGAACUCACAGUUUCCUGUAAAGAUUUGAGGAGUCCUGAGACAUUAACAACAGAGAACAACAACAGCAGUCUUCUAAGAGCACGGAGGAUUUUGGAAGAGCUGCUGUCCACAGAGCGGGAGUACGUCAAGGCCCUGGGGUACGUCCGAGAACAUUACUUCCCCGAGCUGGAGAGGCCCGACGUCCCGCAAGACCUCAGGGGUCAGAGGGGGAGCGUCUUUGGUAAUUUAGAGAAACUCCACGACUUCCAUCACCAUCACUUCCUGGAGGAGCUGGAAGGCUGCCUGAGUGAACCCCUCCGCGUGGGACGCUGUUUUCUGCGACAUAGGGAGAGCUUUGCUUUGUAUGCCCUCUACAGCAAGAACAAGCCGCAGUCCGACAGUCUCCUCAUCAAUCACGGACACAGUUUCUUCAAGCAGAAGCAGCUGAAGCUGGGUGAUAAAAUGGACUUGUGGUCGUACCUGCUGAAGCCCGUGCAGCGCAUCAGUAAGUACAGUUUGCUGCUGCAGGACAUGAUGAGGGAGUGCACACCUGAACAGACCAGAGAGGUCUCUGAAAUCACGGCAGCCAUGGAAGUCAUCAACUUCCAGCUGCGCCAUGGCAACAACCUGCUGGCCAUGGACGCCAUCCGCCACUGUGACGUGAACCUGAAGGAGCAGGGGCAGCUGCUGCGCCAAGACGAGUUCAUGGUGACGUUCAGAAAAAAGAAAUGUUUCCGUCACGUUUUCCUUUUCCAAGAACUCAUUCUCUUCAGCAAAACCAGGAAGACAGAUACGGGAAAUGACACAUAUGUCUACAAACAGUCAUUUAAGACAUCUGACAUAGGCAUGACCCAGAACAGUGGAGACAGCGGUUUGUGCUUUGAGAUCUGGUUCAGAAAGAGGAAGAGUGAGGACACAUACACACUGCAGGCAGCCAGCAGGGAGGUGAAGGAGGCCUGGACCAGAGAGCUGGAACAGAUCCUGUGGGAGCAGGCCAUACAUAACAGAGAGGUUCGCAUGCAGGAAAGAGUGUUCCUGGGUAUUGGAAACAAGCCGUUCAUUGACAUCCAGCCCAGUGAGGCAGCUAUUCACGACAGAGCCAUUAACUACGCACUGAUGGGAAGAGAAAACAAGGUGCUUCUGCCAUGCGGGAGUAAAGUUCAGCCCUCGGGGGCGAGACCGAAAUCGAUCGGUUAUGGCAGCAGCUCCGCUUCCUCCUCUUCCUCGGGACGAGGGUCCUUGUCUCCUGAAGGGUAUGUGCGUUUGCCAAAGCGGAGGGUGGUUUCAGACGGAGGAUAUGCGUCACCUCCUGGGUCUCUGGAGGAGGAUGACUUGGACCAGGAGAGCGACAGUCACAAUUUGUUGUUGGACAGCUCUGACUCUUCAGGAGAGAGCGUCUGUGGCCUCAGCAGUUCAGGCCACAGCUUCCGGUCAGCGGUGGGAGCAGGGAUGGAUGAAUCCUCCUCGGUGUGCGCCUCCUCCACCCCCAAAAAGACUCGCCCUCCGGCUGAGGCUCCCACAGUCGUUUCAAAGGCGGGACCUGCUGUGAAAACACAACCACCUGUUGCACCCAAGCCCAAACACAAAGCACUGCACUGGAACAAGGAUCCAUCAUUCAGCAGCAAGGUUCAAGACUCUGGUGCUGGGAAAUCUACUGAGGUUUGACUCGUGGAGGUUUAAAGCAUUUUGAGGUAUGUGAGAUGUCUCAGCAUCAGUCUUGGAGACGGCAGUAUUUACACACACUCGCCAAACAGUCCAGCUGUUUCUCCGAUCUGUCACCAUUCUGUAAAUAAAGAUGAUCGCAAAUACCCCGACAUUGGGUUGGACAUUUUUGUAGAAUUUGCUCUUUUUAUUGUGAAAUUACAGAGAAAUGUGUUUUUUUUAACAGUUAUAGACUGUGAUCUGUUGUAAAUUAGUUUAACAACACAAUUAAAAACGACUGCAUUGCUACAAAGUCUGCUUUGACUCUUCAUAAUCAAAUUUUACACUAAGUUAUAUUGCAGUUUGAAAAUAUUAGCCAGUAAUUUACACAUAAUUGUGUUGUUUUUGAUAUUAUUUUGUGUUCUCCUGACAAACAUAAAUUAAUUCUUCUAACUACAAAACAUUUUGAUUCUUUCCCUAAAAUUGAAAUUUGUUCCACUAAGUAUUUUGUUUUAAGUAACAGUUUAAACAUCCGUUCUGUUAGAAAUGUCAUUUUUCUCAUAACAAACAAUUGCUUUCUGUUUGCUUUGAUGUAGCAAAAUUGUAAUUACAUUUUCCAUUUUUUUGUAAUAAAGAGUUAUUGAAAUGUU